CCAGGCCAAAUCAUCUAAACUGCCUCUUCCUUCUUUUUUCUUGUUCUUUCUCCAAACCACCACCACCACCCCCACAUUCAUCUGCAACUUGUCUACUUCCCUUUUGACCAUGUCUUCCUCAGUGAUGGGCUCUCAAGGGGUGGUCGUCGCCACCGCCAUGGCUCUCUCCGGCACCGUCAUCCUCAUCGCUCUCCGUCUCCAGAAAUCUCUCCCUCCUCUUCACACUCCUCUCUCUUCCUCUCCAAUCCUGCGAUCUUGUAUAUCCUCUGCAGAGAGGAAGAAGGGACAGAAGAAGAAGAAGAAGAAGACGAAGAGGGUGCAUUUCGCUGAAGAUGUGGUGGAUUCAAGGAGAGAUGGAUCAGAGUUCAGGAGGAAGCAUCGCGUGAGUAACAGUUCUGUUGUGUAUUCAAACUCUGAAACGAAGAUGAGAGCAGAGAAUUGUAAUGGCGCGGCUGAGAUCAGAGGAAUGCCUGCGAACAGAGUGGCCCUCUAUAAUGGAAUUCUCAGAGAUCGCGUGGCUCAACGAUUGGCUUACUCUUACUGAUCUGUGAAUAUUUUUCUUGUGUUCAUCAUCAUCCUCCCACUUGUUCUCUCUGUUUUCUUUCUCCUUCUAUUAUUGUUUAUCUUUUAGGACGGAUCGAUCAUUUGUCCUCUGCAGAACUGAGGAAUUAAAAGCAGAGGGAUGGGUGAGGGUGAUCGUGGUUACAGGCUUACAG